UAUGCAAUAUCAAAACAAGAGUCUGAGGGCGGCGUGCAAGAAAACAUCUAAAAAAAAUUAAAAUAAUUACAUUAAAUGUAUAGUAAGGAUGAGAAUGGCGUACAACAAGGACAAAUCGUAUUAUAGCUCGUGUAUACGAGCAGAAAUGAAAUUUGACUGACCGAUGAUUUUAACAAUAAUUCAACCGGCACAAAGCGUGCUUGAAGGCGUUGUCAUUGUAAUAGACAUUUAUCGAGUUAUUAGUUGCAAUAAAUUUACAAAGUGGUUUUUGAAAUUUUUACAUACAAUUUUUAUGUUGAAAUUUAUUCAUUUUUGUUGAUUAUACAUGGUGCGUUUAAGCAUCAAUGUAGAUGAAAAAGAAUGUACAUUAACAUUGCUGCUAGCUUUAUCAGCUGAUUGUCACCUAAAAGCAACAUGUGAAGUAUGUGUUAGUAAAAGCAAUAGAGACAUCAACGAGUCUCUUACAAGAAUGGGAAAUAAAAGUAGUUGCUGUGUUAAUUCCAGUCCACAAGUUGGACGUAAAGAAUUAGGAUCUGAAGGAAUUACGCGUGGUCUUGAGGAACAUCUACCGGAAGGUGGAAUUAGCGUUAAUAAUUUACAACAUAUUAGUGAACGCGAACCAGAAGACUGGGAUUCAGAUCCAUCAUUACACCCUUGUGCUGGUACUAUUUUUAUGGAACGGUCUAAACAAGCUAUCGAAAAUGGCAUGGUAAGAAAAAAGAGUCAGCACCAAAUUGCAGAUGUAAGGUCUUUAAAAAAGAGUAGCAGUUGCAGUACAAUAUAUUUAGAUGACAGUACUGUUUCACAACCAAAUCUCAAAAAUACUGUGAAAUGUGUUGCCUUAGCUGUUUAUUACCAUAUUAAAAAUAGAACUUCACAGAGACAAAUUGAUAUAUUUGAUGAAAAGCUUCAUCCUUUAACGAGGGAAGGUGUUACAGAAGAUUAUGAUAAGCAAAAUCCAGAACACAAACAAAUUUAUAAAUUUGUAAAGACCUUAUUCAAUGCUGCUCAACUUACAGCUGAAUGUGCCAUCAUAACGUUAGUUUAUUUAGAACGUUUACUUACUUAUGCGGAAAUAGAUAUAACACCAGCCAAUUGGAAACGAAUUGUACUUGGAGCUAUUUUACUAGCAUCAAAAGUUUGGGAUGAUCAGGCAGUGUGGAAUGUGGAUUAUUGCCAAAUUCUUAAAGAUAUUACAGUAGAAGAUAUGAAUGAAUUAGAAAGGCAGUUUUUGGAAAUGCUACAAUUCAAUAUAAAUGUUCCUUCAAGCGUGUAUGCUAAAUAUUAUUUUGAUCUCCGCACACUUGCAGAAGCAAAUGAAUUAACAUUCCCUAGUGAACCACUCAGCAAAGAGAAAGCUCAAAAGUUGGAAGCUAUGUCCAGAGUUUACGAAGAUAAAGUUACUGCUGAAGCUUUACGUACCGGUUUUAAAAAAUGGUCAAGUUUAGAUAACAUAUGCAUAGGCGGACCUAGACGUAGUAUUGCCAUUCUAUCCUAAAUAUUGGAUAUAAGUGGAUAUAUUACUUAUGUCCAUGCCUUCUUAAUCAAGGUACGUGAACAAGACAAGUUUUGUUGUCCUACUCUAGUAUCGAUGACUUUAAAAAUUUCACAAGCAUAUCAUUUUUACCGUUCGGUAAUUUUUAUGUUCUUUUAUUUGAAUAUUUUAAUGCAAUACAAGUUUCAUAAACAUUAUUUAACAAGUUUCUGAAGUUUUUAAUUUUGUUUGAUUAACUCUUAUGAUUCCAGUCUUUUUCUACAAUUCUAAUAAUAAAAUAUUGUAGCAUGUGAAUUA